AUGCCACACACUACUGAGCACCGUAAAAGAGGCCGAGGAGGUUGCUAUGGACCUUACCCAAGUGUUAGCACAGCACCUUCAUGGCCUUCUGCAGCUGAGGGAACAGGAGGCCCUACACAACUUACAUACUGCAUCCACAUCCCUCCGCUGUGAUCUGGCUAUGAAGGGAGCCAAGCUUGAGGCGGACAUAAGUGAGCGCAUCGAGAUCCUGAACGAGGGAAGACGAGCCCUGAUCACUGAGGAGGACACGUGGCAUGCUGGGAAACUGCUGGAAGAAAUAAGGAAGCUGCUGGGUGGUGAUGCCAAGGGUGGUGCUCCUUGUUGUGGCGAUGAGGAUAGACUAAAGAAAGAGGAGCAACAGGAGGAGGAGGAGGAGGAAGAUGAGGCAGAAGAGGAGACAGAGAAGGAAGAGACAGUUGAUGACAUAGCAAGAAGGAUCCCAGUCUCCUUCGAUGUCUCUUCCAUACUCAAGACCCUUACGGAACAGUUCUCUGCACCCUCUGUCUCCCAGUACAUACCCAGCAUCAACAAAGACGUUGUGUUGUCCUCAAGCCGAAGUCCAGAGGAGGCAAUAAGUGAUGGCCGCCUCACCCCAGCUCACCUUCAGGUUCCUUCUGGCCCUCUCAGCAUGGCUACAAAGCUCCAGAGAAGUCCCACAUUGCCUCAUGAUACUAUUGGAGCUUCUUCCUUACUCAUGCUCCCUGAGAGAGAAGAGUCAAUGAUUUUCAAACCACAGGCACACUACAGCUUAGCCACAGAACCUAAUAGGACUGUGACCCCAUUCCAGGGACACCCAAAAAGACUUACCCUCCCCUUGGACUUACCUGAAGAUCUCCCUAUCAAAAACUACUUGCCAUUCAAAGGAAGUAAAGGAAAUUUUGAGAUGGAAAAGAAACAAAAGUCAAAACGCCGCUUCAGGAGAGGGAGAAAAACCCUCCUCGGUGAUCCACUCCAACCACUACUAAUCGAUAGUGAUCCCUUGCUAUCGAUGAGGGGUAACCGAGCUAACUUGUCACUCAGGGGUCGAGGGAAGCUUCAGGACUUUUCAGAUACACUUGGCAGCCCCUUCCAGCCCAUAUUGCCCGCUGCUGACUCGUCCGCACCUUCAGACAUGAGCGAUAAUGACACGGUACUGUUGGAUGCCUCUGAGGAUUCAAGCACCAAGGACUCUACUCAAGGCUUCACCACAGAGGAGGACACACUGCAGGAGAAACUCACUCCAGAUAUCAUUCCCUCUAUGAUUGGCUGGAGGAGCAAAGGAGCAGUGCCAAAGACCUCUAGAACACCCACCAAGCAAGCAGACUUCAACUCCACGGCCUCGCCUCCAUUGCCGCUGCCUUCACCUAUCACAACCUCCAGCCAGCCAGCAGAUUUCAACUUUCUCUCUAAGCCCCCUCCGCCACUUCCCCAGGCCACGGCAAAAUCCUCAGUUGCAUUAGACCUUAACAUUAUAAAGACUGUGCCCCCACCAGCACUGUACUCCUCCUCCAUGGGUAGCAGGACGUUCUCUACCUCCAGUCUGCAGUCCAGUGUUUCUAGCAUGGGUUCUGCGGUGCCCUCCAAGAAGCCAUUGUGCAUCAUUGACGAGGAGGUUGAGGUGACACACAUCCAGACUCCCUCGUUCUUCUUCGUACAUACGCGUGACAACAUACAGAAGAGAAAGGCACUGUCCAACAUGCUGUACCGUGCCGUCUCCAAGGCAAAAAAGACACUCAAAAAGCCACCAACUGAGGGUGGCUUGUACUUGGGCCAGUUCUCCAAGGACUCCAAGUGGUACCGGGUGGAGGUAAAGACUGUCAUGAAGGAAGUGGAGAAGGCACUGGUCACCUACGUCGACUACGGCAACAAGGAAGUGGUGUCCUUUGCCAGGCUGCGUCGUUGUCCGCCCAAGCACUCCCUAGAGAACGAGCCGGCCCUCGCCCUAGCCUGCAGCCUGUGGGAGGUGGAGCCAGCAAAGGGGAAGGACUGGGACGAGGAGGCCAUCCAGAUCUUCGCCAAGCUGGUUGAUGAUACGACGCUACAGUUCUUCCUCAUCAGCUACAAGACGGAGGACAACAUCACCAAAUGCCAGGUUGAGCUGCGUCGGCCUUGGAAAACUGCCGGGAUCUCCAACGACUUGCCUGUGUCCGUCCGUGAGAUCUUAGUGUUCCUCGAGUAUGCCGUGUACACUAACAAGUCACCCGAGGACAGUUACACCAAAAGGCGAGAGGAGUCCUUCAAGAGGAACUACUUCUUGCCUGAGAUUCCCUUCUCUGAGUUGGACACUGAAGUCUUGCUCUCCAGCGUCGUGUCUCCAAGCAAUUUCUACCUGCAAAUCAAGUCAUCCUCGGAGCACCUCAACACCCUUCUGGCAGACCUUGAGAAGAAAUACAAAAGCCCAAAUAUUAGCAGCUCUCUGGAGUGGAAAAUCUACUCCCCUAAGAUAGACAUGCCGUGUGUGGCCCAGUACAGCGGGGAGAUGCGGUGGGUGCGGGCGAGGGUGGAAAACUUGCCUGGGGAACGGAUGGUGGACGUGAGGUUUGUGGACUAUGGCAACACGGAGCGACUCUGGUACCAUCAACUCUACAAGAUUAUGGAUCAGUUUCUUGUUCUGCCGAUUCAGGCUAUCCCAUGCAAGCUGACCGGCAUUACUCCCAUUGGUGGCCUAUGGAGGGACGAAGACACCCAGCACAUGACUGACCUGUGUGACGUCCCGAUGCUGAAGGCAAUGUUCCUGGAGUGUGAGGGGGAGGUGUGCAACGUUCGCCUGACAGUGCCGGGAAGCAAUGAGGAGGAGGACCUUGACGUGGGACGGCUGCUAGUGGAGGAUGGCAGAGCACUUCCCUUUGGGGCCUAUGCGUUUGCCGGUGACACAUACAGCCACGAACUAAACCAAACAGUGAUGAAUAGAGGCGUCAAUAGUUCAGCCAAGAGGAAGACUCCAUCCUUGCUUUCCACCCCUCGACAUUUCCUGCAGAAGGGGGUCGAGAGACGCAAGGUUGCCCAGUUGAAGGUGCUAGAGUAUUUUGUGUACCUUCAUAUGCUACUGCAGGAGAAUGCCGAGGCUUGCCAAAUGUAUCAGGAACAGCUGGCCAAGGUGUGUGCGGAGGAGGCAUCAGAAGGUGGAGUCCUGGCAGAUGUGGGUGAGGACUGUGUAGUGGAGAUGAGCAGCGGCCAGCUCACCAGAGCCACUGUCCUCAGCGUCUCGGAGCAGGAGGUGGAGGUCCUUCUGAUAGACUGUGGCGGGAUAGAGAAGGUGAACCCAUGCAGCGUGCACCCCAUGCCAGCAGGGAUGGGGAGGGACACCGUGGCUCCCUUCUACCAGGUGGUGAGCCUCGUGGGUGUGUUGCCUCCUGCUGGUCUUACCAUCUGGCCCGGCGUCACGCUAGACUACUUAAGGAGGCAGUUUGCAUCGUCCAAGAAGUUCUCCAUCAUCCCUAAAGGUGACCCAGUGUGGGAUGAAACGCUGCAGGUGAGGGUUGUGCCGGUGGACCUGUGUUGCCAGCAGGAGGUGAAGGGCGGACCCAUAGAGGCCAACAAGAUCAUCUGGGUCUCCAUGAGCAAGCAACUUCUUAGUCAUGGUCUUGCCCUCCCUGCAAGACCCAAAUCACUGCCAAAGAAGAUCCCUUCAGAGGGCAGCACAGAGGACUCUCCCAGCCUUGCAUCCACCAGCUGUGCCUCCAAAAGGGAUAAGAGCACUCCACCGUUGGCAGAAGAGGAGGCUGUGCUGUCCCGAGUCAAGGAGGAAGAGUUGUUCCCUCAUGAAAAAUUUGAGGUCUAUAAAGCUAUGAUAAAGCCCAUCCCUCUCCUGGUACCACGGCAGGAUGAACAGAACCCAGAGAGUGAAGCAGAGUCAUCAAGAACUAUCGUCCACUCCCCAACCUCCACAUCCUUAACCCCCAGGAAGUGGAUGCCGCCUGAUCUCCCCACGACAUUGACGUUCACUGCCACAGCCUCUUAUGUGGAUGAAGAAGGCAGUGUCUUCCUCCAGCCCAAGAGUAAUGCAGCCACCAUUGACUUCAUCCGAGAGAGUCAGACACUGAUGUUCAAUGGCUCCAUUCCAAGCGAUGAAGACCUGUGUUGGCGCCCUGGUGACCCGGUCGUGGCCAAGUUUCACCUCGACAAGAAGUGGUAUCGGGCCACGGUCAUCAAGGCAACGGAAAACGGAAUGGUCAAAGUUACGUUCGUCGACUACGGAAACCCAGAGUCGGUGAAGGUUCAGGAGAUCCGCACUCAUCUCAUCAACACUGACAUACCCAUUCAGUGCAUUAAGGCAAGACUCAACAAUGUGGUGCCUAUCGAUGAUGAUGGCAUGUGGAAGAGGCAGCUGUUGGACUUCAUGCACCUGAGCCUGGUGGACAAGGAGUGCUUGGUGACGCUGGUGGAGCGGCCGAGGCAUGGAGAAGUGCUAAAGGUUAACUUGAAGCUGCGUUCUGUGGGAGUAGAUGUAGCCACUUUCCUGGUGAAUGACUUACGUGCAUGCAGGAUGAUCAGCCAGCCCAUAGUCGAGAAGAGGAAAGAGGAGGAGGAGGAGGAGGAGGAGAGUUCACACGAUGUGAUUAUAGAGAGUGAGCAGUCCGAGGAGCCACUAUCACCUCUACCACCACCAUCGCCACCACUUUUGAAGCUAUCCAACACCCCAGACUUGGUCCUUCCCACUGGCAGCAUGUUCAGCGUUCAGGUCACAGCCAUUCGGGACCCAGCGCACGUCUUCAUCAGGCCCAUCACCAGCCAGGAAAGCACCUCUAGCAUCAGUACGUCUGCCUUUGCUGCCUCCUCCCUCAACAAGUCUUGGGCCAUCCAGAACAGUAACCUUGAUGAGUUUCUGAGCUUCGUUAACAAGAACCCGCAGUGUCUGAAGGCCGUUACCAAGCCGAUAGUUGGAGAGGUGUAUCUGGCAGGCUUUUCAGAGAGCCAGUGGUUCAGGGCGGAGCUGGUGGAGCUGGACGCCACCACCGCCUCUCUGGCCUACAUUGACUUUGGCCACACUGAGACGGUGCCCAGAGAGAACAUUCGUGAGUGUCCAGAAUUGGGGAGACAUAUUGGACGUUGUGCCAGACUGGUGCGACUGUGCAGAGUGGAGCCGCCCGGAGGUCCAGGGGCGUUGUGGGAGGCGAAGACCAUGAAGGCGAUGAUUGAGUGCCUCAUGAGCCCACAGAAGCCGUGUUUUCUGGCCUCAGUUGUGGAGCCGGGGACGGGAGGCGUGGCCGAGGUGGACAUCUACAAGGUUGACUCAGAAACACCCUUGACGCUGGCCUACUCUGAGCUUGUAAAGAGAGGGAUCAUCACUCUCAGGGAAAGAACAUAUCACACAGAAUAGAUUUAUCCAUCUGGAAAUGUAUUGAGGAAUGAGUAGUGUUGAAAUUGAUACAUAAUCCUUUUACUGCAUCACAUGAAACGAGUAACCAUUUCUCUGAGGUCAAAAGUGUUUUGGAGAUACUAUCAAAAACGGAGAUUUUUGCUUCAUAGGUAAAAGUGAUGCCGAAAAAGUUAUUUGGAUUAAGAGGAAAGACAUAAUGAAAGCAAAUGAAGGAAAGAUAAUGGUUUUAACACAGUAAUUGGUUUCAACUUAGUGGACAAAAAAAAACUUUUCAACUUUAGCUUUGUUAAAGUGCAAAGGAAAGUAAUUCCAGUAUUAUAGUGUUAGAAUACUUCAAUUUGUGUAGCGGCAUUUACGCCAGAUAAAAAUUCCAAUCCAUGCCAACAAUUUUCUCUCUCUCUCUCUCUCUCUCUCUCUCUCUCUCUCUCUCUCUCUCUCUCUCUCUCUCUCUCUCUCUCUCUCUCUCUCUCUCUCUCUCUCUCUCUCUCUCUCUCUCUCUCUCUCUCUCUCUCCCCCCAGGAUGCAGUCAUACAUUUUUUGGUGCUGGAGUCUGCCGCUCCUUAAGUAUUGUUUGCGUUGAUCAGCAGGAAUUUCAGUUAUGUUGAUUAAAUUGGGACUACAUAUUUAUACUUUGCAGUAUGUAAGUUACUGCAACGUUUGUCAGUUUACAUAGAUAACAUUCUCUUUGCUUUCACUACGAGCAGAUCCAGUCUUUUGAUGGUACAUGAUCGUUGAAUUAGUCAGUUUUUCCUCCACCAAGCUUAAUUUGUUAGUGUGGCAAUUAGUUUGAGAGAGAUGGCUCAUAUUUAUGAAUUACUACUACAGCUUUUAGGGAGACAGAAGUUCACUGAGCAUCCCAUAGUAAUUAAGUAUAUUUCUGUUUGUUUUUAUGAGGUGCCAAUGUUAAAAGACAGGAUGGGAUGGCUGUGAUGAUGCAUUAGCUAACCUUUGAGCUGUAUUCUUCUCUGGUAAAUGAAUGCGAAAAGUAAAGGUUCAACUCAUACUGUAGGUGAAGAUGGAUUGGUAUGAGGGAUCCAGUAGUAUAUAAUAUUCUGCACCCACUAUAUUGCUAAUGAUGGAAGGGAAUGAAAUGAUGAAGGAGGUGAUACAUUGUCAUAUUACAUUAUCAGGAUGUCAUUACUGGAGAAAAGUACAAGAAAUUGCCAAACCUAACCAAAUUUAAUUACUUUUAUUUUCAUUAUUCCUCUACCAUUGGAGCAUUUGUAAACCCCCAAAAGAUGCCAGAUUCACUUGCUGACUUAAUUUCACACAAAGAACUUGAUUGGUUUAGGGGAAAAGAAUAUUUGUGAAAUGUGUGGUAUCAAAUCAACUUAUAUAAUAUAAGGAACAUUUUUUGGUCACCAUCAUUAAGCAAAGAGCCAGAUGAAUGGUAAAACAACCCAUGUACUGCACACAUAAUCUCCUUUUUGGAAUGUAGAAUCUACUAUUUAUAA